GAGUAACCGAACACAAAAGAAGGAAGAAAUAUUAUCCUAACUGUAUAUGAGAGCAUUUAGCUCUCGGAGAAGACGUUUCCUCAUUACAUUACUGACCUGAGUGUACGUAGUUAUAGUUGGUCAAGAUGGUGUCAAGAGUCUUAGAGGGCGUCCUGAAGAGCUAUCUCGGACAAUAUUUGGAGCUCUCGGAUAGUAGUGUGUCCAUGGGAUCUGAGAUCCGCUUGAACAAUGUUAAGUUGAAGGAAUCGGCUCUCUCCGACCUUGGUCUGCCAGUGAAAUGUGUCCAUGGAAAAGUGAGCAAAUUGGUCAUCAAGAUCCCUUGGUUUCAUUUGUUUUCCGACAAGACUGUGAUCGAGGUCGAAGGCUUGCAUUUACUAGUGGUCCCCAGUACGUCAGUCAAAUAUGACGAAGAGAAAGAGCGAAGACUUCAGAACGAGGCGAAGCAAAAGCGCCUCCAACGGACAGAAGAGGCCAAACGGUUGGAGCAAGAUGCCAGUGAGUUGAAAGACAAGAAAGCUGGAGAUGGCUCUGAUGAUACAUUCGUGGAGCGAUUAGUGGCCAACAUCAUCAAGAACCUUGAAGUCAGCAUCAAGAAGGUUCAUAUCCGGUAUGAAGAUAAGCAAAUGAGCACGGGCCGAUAUCCCUUUGCGGCUGGUGUCACUUUGGAACAUGUUCAAAUGACCACGACUAAAGAUGAUAGCAAGGAACAGAAAGACAAGAUCAAGUUGAAAGUGUUUGAGAAAUUUGUGGUCUUGGAUAGUUUCUCCGUUUACUGGAAGCCCAAAGCCAGUAUGUACUCGGAAGAAAACAGUUCGAAAGAAGAUGUGAUUGAUGUGAUGUUCAACACAAAUAUAGGCACCCGAGAAAACCCCAUUAAGCGAUUGAAAUAUCUGCUCGGACCAAUUACCUCAGACGCUUCUCUGACUUGGUGUCCUGAUCCCACUUUGUACCAAUAUAAGAUUCCAGAAAUUGAUCUGUCGAUUCAGAUGAAGGAAUUGUGCUUGUCCUUAACCAAGUAUCAAUAUCAAGACUUUAUGAUGCUUCUCCAAUCAUUCGAGUUCAUGAAUAGAGCUUCCAAAUUCAGAAAGUAUAAGGCCAGGCAUGAUUUGGAGAACUUGCCCAACUAUCACAAGCGGUUCAAGGAUCUGUGGAAAUUCGCCUUCGACUGUGUCUACGAAGAAGAAGUCAUGCGAGCAAUCAACAACUGGUCAUGGGAUCACAUGAAGAAGCACAUAAAUCGGUGCAAAGACUAUCGUGAACUUUACAAACGCAAGAUCAUGGCCGGGACCAAGGUUCCUCAAGACCUUUCGUCUGAUCUAAAAAAGUAUGAAGAUGUUCUGGAUGAGGUCAACAUUCGGAUCCAAAGGCAACUGGCCGAGCGCGAAGUUGAAAAGUCCGCCAAAGAGAAAAUUGCUGCAGCAGCUGCCAACGCCGGUACCGGAUUUUGGGGCUGGUUUGGAGGUGGAGGGGCUAAGAAGUCGGAUCAGAACUCGGAUUUGGAGUCCAACGUUAAAAAACUCGAGGAAGCCAUGACAUCCGAAGAGAAAGAAAAGCUGUAUGAGAUCAUCGAUUACCAAGAGAAUGCUCAUCAUGGGAUAUUUCCCAAAAGCUUUGUGGCAAGGAAGCUUGGGUUUCAUUUGGAUUGUCUUCUCAUCACUAUCCGAGAUGAUGAUCUGAACGAUGCAGAGAUCAUUCGUCUCAAUCUGAGCGAUGUGUCCAGCCACGUGUCCCAAAGACCCUCCGCUGACUACGUGGAGUUAGCCAUGACCAUGCGAACUUUGACAGUGGUGGGAUACGAACCCAAGAAAGAAAGACAAGAAGAUAGACCCUGCUUGGUCUCUACCCGCCCAGGUUCAAAAGAUGGAAAUUUGGUCAAUUUUAGUUUUGAAAAUAAUCCACCUGAGCAGCCCGAUGGAAAUCUGGAUGAGGAUCAAGGAAGUGUUUAUGACCAGCGACUCAAUUUCUACUCGAGUCCUCUGGAAAUUGUCUACCACGCCACAACCAUCAAUCGAUUGAUGAAGAUCUUCCGAACUCCAGACGAUCUGAAUUUGGCGUCCCUUCAACACUCCGCUAUUUCAAAGCUAAAUGAGUACAAACAAUCCACUACUCUUGGAUUGCAGUAUGUCAUUGAAAACCACAACCUGGUGGAUGUCAAGAUUGAACUCAUGUCUUCCUACAUUAUUUUACCUCAUGAGGGGAAGAUGACGAGUUCGUGCGCUUGCGCCAUUGCCAACUUAGGAAGUAUUAAGAUUCGCAGCCAGCCAAUCUCAACGGAAACUCGGGACUUGAAAGAUAUGUCCCUUACUGACCUCACCGAGACUUUCAAGAAGUCCUUGCGUGAUCAAGCCUAUGACAAGUUUAUUGUGACUCUGGAAGAUAUGCAAGUGAUUGUGGCCCUUCCCCAUGAAGAGUGGCGAGCUCACGUGGAUCGAGAGAGCUCUCCCUUGUUCCUCCUGAAGCCCACUUCUCUUGAGGUCGUCUUCCAAUAUUGCCUCAUCAAGAAAGAUCCUGAAAUGCCACUGACUAAGAUCAAGGGUAGCCUAAAGGAGAUCUCCAUAAACAUCAGUGACUACCGUCUCAUCAAAAUGGCACAGAUCUUGGACUCACUGGUGGAUUGUUUUUCUGAAGACAAUGAUCCUAGUCUGCAUCGAACCGAAUCCGAGGGGUCCAUGGCAUCAGCCUACAGCUCUUUGGCCAACACAGGGUCUUUGGUGGAACAAGCUCAAUUCGUGAGCACGGCCGUUACAGAUAUUGUCCCGGCUAAGCGAAAUGACGAAAUUGACACCGAUAGCAUCGGCACUUUAAGCCAUGUGACGAAAAUGGUAUUAGACUUCACUAUCAACAAAGUGAAUCUUAGCCUUACUCAGAUGAGUCCAUCCUCCAACACCGAUCAAGAGCUCUUCCACUUCACUAUCCACAAAAUGGCUAUCCAUGCCAAAGUGAGGAUGUUCGACAUCACAGGCGAAUUCAGGAUAAGUGAUGUCAAUUGUGAGCAUCUUCUUCUGAAGACCCCGACGGGUAAGCCGGUGCACAUCCUAAGCACGCACAAGAAAGGCAAAAAUGAAGCCAAACUACUUACACUGAGGUACACGGACGUGAACAAAAAAUCCCCCGAGUUUCAAACGAUUCAUCAGAACGUGUUGAAAACCUUGGAAGUGGAAUUGAGCCAAGUGGACAUCAAUCUGCACCAAGACGCCAUCCUUGAUAUCAUUGGGAAAGUGGACAAGUUUGUGAAAGAACUUUCCACCAAAGCGAAGAAUUUAAUGGCUGCUCCAGCAAAUGAGGCCUCCCAUGAGAUUGAUCCCGAUGAUCAAACUCCUGAAGUUGAAGAGCAAUUUGAAGAUGCCAGGUCUCCAAAACCUGGCGAGGAUGUUCCUGAUGCUGAAGGGGCUUUAAAGCGCCAAAAUGCCCGCAAAUCUCAUGCCCAAGGGACCAAACGGCAAACAUCGGGUGGGUUGACGAAAUGGGCAUUCAAGACCAAGAAGAGAGCUAACAGUAUUGAACAUCAGACCAUUGAUGUCAAGGUCAAGGCUUCGUUGGAGGGAGUUUCUUUCGAUUUCAUGACCAACAAGGUCUACUUUGCUUCCAUGAGAGUCGAGGACUUGAACGUGUCGUACAUGCAGACCUUUGAUCAAAAGGUCAUCACCGCCAAACUGGUCAACUUCGAGGUCAUGGACGCAUGCAACUUGGGGAGCGAUAGGUCCAAAACCAUUUAUGAAAAGAUCGCCGAGAACUUGGAUGACAAGGUUUUUGAUGCAUCGGUGACUAUCUACGAGGUUUCUCCAGAAGCCAAAGCCAACAACCCCGAUGUGAUUGACGUCUUGGUAGAAGCCCAAAUGGGCAGAGUGAAAGUGGUCUUCCUGAUGAAGUUCAUCACCGAUUUCCUCACCUUCAUCGAACCCUUCUCUGGAGCUCGAGAGGCUGUCGCUGAAAAGGCCACCAUGGCGUUUGACAACGCCACGAAAUCCAUGAUUGAUGCAUAUGCCAAUGCCACUCGCGCCCAGUUGAACAUCAUGAUGGAUGCUCCGUUGAUAAUUAUCCCGGUCCACUCAACCAGUCGAACCACAUUCAUCGCGGAUCUUGGCAAGCUGAAGCUCUCCAACAAGUUCUGUUUGAGUGACAGUCGCGUCUUUGAUCAAAUGCACUUUGACUUGAAAGAUCUCAAGCUCCUCCGGGGAAGAAUUGCUGAAGACAUUCGGAGCAAUGACAUUGAAAGUGAUUGCCUCAUCAUCCGACCUAUCACAUUUGAAUUGGAUUUGGUCCGAAAUAUGAAUGGUUCCAAGGAUGAAAACGACCCUGCUGAAAUCUCUGUCAGGGGAACAUUAAAGAGGAUCUGGGCUGAAAUGAGCAAAGGAGACUAUGAUGUUCUCAUGGGCAUCCUAUUGAACAACUUCUCGCAAAAAGGCGAAUUUGAACAAGUGGAAUCGUCUCCCGUGCCUACGAACAACAAGAAUAAAAUGAAGCUGAAUUUAAAGAAAAAACACGGCAGUCGAACCAGCCUUCAAUCCCAAAGAAGUUCUCAAUCCAUGAGUGCGGUUCUUCAAGACCCCGAGAGGCAUCCCAAGGCCAAGGUGGUAGUUUUCGAGUUUGAUUUUGAAGGCUUCCAAGCGGAUAUAUUUGCCGGCGACACUACUCUUGAUGGCUUGAAUCAAGAACGAGACUCGCAUUUUGCUUUAGCUCGUCUCAAAGUUGAACUGAUUCGCACGAAAGGCUGUCUAUUGGUGGAUGGAUCAAUUUCCGCUUUAGCUUUUCUUGAAAACUGUGUCCUGGAGGAUAGCCGCUUCUACGAGGCUGAGGCAGAUUCCAAUAGGAUUGUGCGGCUGAUGGAGGCCAAGCAAAAGUCUUCGGAUGGCACCUCAAAAUCCAUUCGCAUGGUCGAUGUUAAUUAUGAUCGCGAUGACAAAGGCAACCAAAUAUUGAAUGCCCACGUGCAGAGCUUUGUUCUGGUGGGAUCUGUGGCUUAUUUGUUGGAAAUUGCCCAGUUCUUUGUUCCAGAUCAAACCCUCAACUAUGAGUGGUCUCGACCUGAUCUUCAAGUUCAAGCUGAACAAGUGAAUGAUCAAAAUAUAUCCGUGUGUGUGAAGGUUGAUGAGCCGGACAUCUUCUUGGUGGAAAACAUCAAAGACAUUAACACUGAUGCCCUAAUGUUGAACACCGAGCUGCAAUUCAAGUUCUGGUCCACCUCUGACUCCAUGUCUAUGAUGGCCGCACUCUCGAAUAUCCGUUGUCACACUUGCCGUUUCAAUCCUGAUCUGCGCGAAGAGACAAUGGCUCAAAUCCUCAAACCGUGCACGCUCUCGUUCACCAUCAGCAAGAAUGAAGGUCACGGAAUGCGAGUCAAUGUCAAUAUGUCAGAUUUGUGUCUGAAUGUGUCUCCAUACAGCAUCAUCAUCAUCCAGAAUAGUGUGCAAGCCUUCAUCGAUUCCAUGGGUCAAAAGGAGCGAAUGGAAAAGAAAGAUGUCGCCAAGACUGAGGACUUGACCGAAUUGUGGCGAACCAAACCGUUUGAACAUGAGAAUUUUUGGUUUUUGAAGCCUGAUCAAGCUCAAGACGCCUUGGAGUUGUCAUCAUCCAUUAGUUCUGGACAAGGUGUUUUCCUAGACGAACAAGCUAUCUUGAAUAUUAACAAUCUAGUCAUCAAAGUGGAGUCUGGAGCUGGAAACAACACUAUUCCACUUGUUCUCCUAGAGAGCAGUUUCAAUUGUGACAUCAAGAAUUGGAGCAGUUCGAAGAUGAGUGCCACAGGCACUUUGAAUCUUGAGGUGGCUUACUACAACGCCAAACUGGCCUUGUGGGAACCCGUGAUCGAGCCAGUCUGUCAGAUCAAACCGGAUGGCUCGACCUUAAAACGCCGCUGGGACUUGAAUUUGAGCCUUCAGAGUAACUCGUCGAGUGACUUUGGAUCGAUUGUGGCCUCACCCAGUUUUGAUCAGGUCGAUGGGUUUGUUUGCCCUGAAAACCUGCCUCCCCUCAUGGUCAUUGGGCUGGAGUCCAAGGAUAUUCUCGAAGUCACUCUUACAAAGUCCUUUAUGGGAGUCUUAACCACCCUGGUCCAAUCUUUUGCCGACGUCACCGAGUCCAAGAAGAAGGAACUACCUCAAGCUCCUUUCAUCGUUCAAAAUCGCACGGGAAAGAAACUAACAUUAGUUCUGAGUAGCACUCACUUUAGAUACUUUGUGGCCAAUGAACGACCUGGCGAAACGAAAACCAAGGAAUUAGAGCACGGCCAAGAUGUCAAUCUUAUCAUGUCGAAAAACCGAUCACAGAGUGUCACUCAAUAUGUGAGCCCCCUGCAAGAGCAAAACGAAAAUGCUGAGGCCAUGUUGAAGAUCAAAAUUGAGGGUGAAAAAGAUCCCUUCGACCUGCCAGUCAGCAAGGCGGACUCUCGUUUUUUUCCGUUUCCAUUUCGAGGUGAUGAGAUGGGUGACCACCAUGGGUUAGUUUCCGACAUCAAGGUGGAGAAUGGAUGCAAGUACAUCACCAUUCGAUCUGUUAUUCAAAUCAAGAACCACUUUGACAUGCCAGUCAAUGUGUUGAAGUAUGACGGACAUUCCAAGUAUAUUAAACUAGCUCAGCUCCAACCUGACGAAAACUUUGAUGUUCCACUUCAACACGUGUAUUCCGAUCCUUACGAGUAUUCGUUCCAAAUUGCCGGUGACUUUUACUUGGGACCCGAAUCCUUCAAAUGGAGAGAACUCGUCGGCAAAGAUGGAAGCCACUCGCAAAUGAUCGAAUGCAGAAGCAAAGAAGGGGACCAAACCAUCUUCUUGAAUGUGGAAGGCUCUAAAGAGCCAAUCUUUUACGAACGAACUGGCAACUUGGCCAGUAUGAACUACGUCCUGGACAUUCGCCCGAUCUUGGUCUUCAAGAACUGCUUGCCCGUUACGCUCCAUUACGGAUUUGAUGAAUUCAAGGAAAACAUGAAGUAUAUUGAACCAGGCCAAAGUGGCCAUAUGCAAGGGGUCAAACUUGGAGUCUCGAAGAUCCACCUGAAAAUUUUUGAAUUCCGAAAUGCGGAUUGGGAAUGCACUCAAACCAUUGACGAAAGAAUGCCAGAGUUGAGUUUGUGGAGAUUUCAUCUUAUGAACUCAACCGAAAAUUCAAGUGCCAAGUUCGACUUGGGCAUCAACUCCAUGAUCAGUAGCGGAACGCAAGUGAUCUCGAUUUAUGCUCCAUUCUGGAUGAUUAACAAAACCGGCAAGUCCCUUACCUACCGGGGCCAAGACCCUCAGAACGUGAUCUAUCAUCCCCUGGAAUUGGAGGGCGUACCCAUGAUGUUCUCCUACACGGCCAAAAGUUUCUUAGGCAAGCGAAAAGCCUCUAUCCGGAUUGAGGAGAGCCAAUGGUCGGAUCCUUUCACUUUAGACACCAUCGAGGAUGCGGGGAAAAUAACUUGCAAGAAACCCGAGGCGCGCAAUGAUGUGUCCAAAGCAGGUUACAGUGUGGGGGUCAAUAUCGCCAUGAGCAAGUCCAGUUUGACCAAGAUCAUUACCAUCACUCCAUACUACAUGAUCAUCAACACCGCCGAGUUUCCCAUCUCUGUGAAGGAAUUGGAGGGCGAAUCCUGGCUUGAGGUUCCACCGGGCGAGUGUGUGCCAUUUUGGCCGAUGUAUGGCGCUGGAAACGUCAUCAUCCGAGUCAGUGACCACCCCGAAGGCACUCCCAGCUUUCCCAUGACCAGUGCUCAUUCCACGCUCUUGAUGAUUGCCAACAAGUUUGGAGCUCUCCAUGCAGAUGUACGAACUUCGAACUCGGAGACACUCCUCACGGUGAGUGCUUACACCAAGGGCCUAGCACCGGUCCUGCUCAUCAACAACACGACCAAUUACAUGAUGAAGUUCUGGGAAAAGGAUGUCAACAAAGAUGAAGGAACAGAGUUCCUACCGCCAAUGGAACAGCGCUUAUUCACUUGGUUGAAUCCUGCCGGACCAAGAACCUUGAUCUGGGCUAUUGAUGGAUUCAAGGACGAAUAUGUGGAUAAGUUGGUCAGUGACGACCAAGGUGUGAUUGAGAUUGAUGGGCAGAAGGAACAAUAUGUGGGAUGGGUCUCAUUUUUAAAUGGAAUGCAACGAGUGCUCUUAUUUGAUCAGGAUCCCAAUUUGUGCUUCCGUUUGGCUCGAAUGUCCGGAGAAAAUGAACGGAUAGACCAAGAGAUCGUUCUCUCGAUCUCCGGAAUUGGCAUCUCUAUUGUGAACAACAACCCAGCCUUAAGCUAUGAACUCAUCUAUUCGAGCAUCACGUCAUCCGAUGUUGUUUGGGAGGUGAAGAGAAAUGGGAAAACUCGGUUCAAGCCACUCACUCGGGUCCAAUGUGAUGCAAUUGAGAGUGACUUCCAAUUGUAUUUGAGAGAACUGUCCGUGAACAAACGCUCCUCCGUUGAGAGGAUCGUCAAGGUCGAUGGCAGGGAUGAUAUACUGGUCAAUUACGAGGAAUCUCGGAUCACCAAACCUUUUGAGGGACGACUAGCACGUCAAUUCCAAAAGGGUCUUUGGGUCCAAUUGAGAACCUCUUCACACCAGCGUCAGAUUCACGCCAAAAUCAAUCGAGUGCAAAUCGACAACCAGGUUAAGGAAUCCCUGUUUCCAGUGAUCCUGGCUCCGGUACCUCCCCCCAAGAGUGUGGUGGCCGACAGUAUUCCGAAGCCAUUCAUCGAGAUGUCAGUGCUUCAGUACUUCUCACCGGAGCACACCAACUUGACUCAGUACAAGUACGUUCACGCCCUUGUCCAAGAGCUUCACAUCAAGGUCGACCAAGGCCUGGUGAAUGCCCUGAUUGACUUGUUGGAGGAGGAAGAGAUUCUGGACGAGGAUAUUCACGAGUUCCUCAAAGAAGAUCUGGAGCUAGCCACCAAGCCGUUGAAAGAUAUUGCCAAACUUCAAGUCACUGUUGGUCUCAAGGACUUUUAUGAUUAUCUCCAUUUGUCGCCCUUGAAAGUACAUGUGAGCUUCUCCCUAACAUCUUAUGAAGCUAAGAACAAAAGAGCCGAAUCCAGGCGAUCCAACUUUUUUGGACUGUUUCUGCAGAGUCUGGGUGUCACCAUCACUGAUACCGACGACAUUGUGUUCAAGUUGGCUUACUUUGAACGAAAGCAUCAUUUCUACUCGCAAGAAGAUCUCAUGUACGAGAUGAUUCGACAUUAUACCAGCCAGGCCAUCAAGCAAGCCUAUGUUAUCAUCUUUGGGUUGGAUGUGAUUGGAAAUCCCUUUGGUUUGGUAGUAGGUGUGAGCCGAAGUGUGGAGGAUCUCUUCUAUGAACCGUUCCAAGGGGCCGUUGAAGGACCAAGCGAAUUCGCUGAAGGUCUAGUCAUUGGUGUGAGAAGUGUCUUCUCCGGUGUGAUUGGCGGAGCGGCAGGCACCUUUUCAAGAAUCACGGGAGCGUUCGGAAAGGGCCUGGCAUCCCUCACUUUCGACGACAAAUUCCAACAGAAGCGCCGGGAGGCUAUCAAGAAACGCGGCAAACAAACAGUGGGCGAAAGCCUGGCCCGCGGCGGGAAAGGCCUUGUCAUGGGCUUCUUUGACGGAGUCACGGGUGUAGCCACCAAGCCCAUUGAGGGUGCGCGCGAUGAGGGAUUUGGUGGCUUCUUCAAAGGAAUGGGCAAGGGGGUCGUGGGCUUAGUGACCCGCCCGACUGGGGGCAUGAUUGAUUUCGCAUCGGGCACUUUUGAUUCGCUGAAGCGAUGCACGGAUGUGGGUGACGAACUCUCAAGGGUCCGACCGGCUCGUUUCAUUCAAUUGGAUGGAGUGGUGAGGAACUACAAUCUGAAGGAAGCCACGGGCAACAAGAUAUUGAUGGAAUUGGACAAAGGACGUUAUGCGGCCUCAGACCAUUACAUUGCACACGAGGAGAUUGUCUCUCGAACGCCCACCGCCUUCUUGGUGACCACCAACCGGGUUUUAUAUGUUUAUUACAACCAAAUGAUGGGUCAUUGGGUGACGGAGUGGUUCUUUGACCUCAAUACCAUUGAUGGACCUCCGCCCAUGGAGGAAGAGAGCGGUCAUUGGUGCCUUGUCAUCAAACCUAAGAAUGAAGAGCGCAAAAAGUUCUUGGGCGGUCUAUUUGGUGGAGACAGGUCGGGGAAAAAGGUUUUCUUGAGCACUCGCGAAACAGUGAAAAAUAUGGCUCGAACUAUUGAGGCCCUCCGGCGAGGUCAGAACUAAGCUUGAUGAACAAGCAGGUGAUGGAUGGGCUUUGAUUCACGGACUUAAGAACUAUUUUUAUUGUUAUCUUUACUCGGUUCAUUCUCCCCGCUUAAGAGUUAUAAUGUGCUUCAUCUAAAUUGAGGAUCUUAAUCGUGUGAUGUUUUAAAAUUAUGUGUGUUGUUAUAAAAUUAAAGAUUCAGUCUUUCCAAGACAAUUGCGCUGCUUUUCAAUAUUGGCCUGUUGAUUUUAUUUUUCAUUUCAUUCAAUUCCAGA